AUGGCAGAUAAGAACCAAGAAGAUCCCCUUCUCAGCGCUGUGUUAAAUACUAUAAGAGCAUCAGUCUCUCUUUCAGCACAAGAUGUCGAGUUUUUCAGGAGUCUUGAUCCCGAUAUUUCUGCCUCUGUUGAUCAAACAGCAAAAGGCGUUUUGAAUCUUAUUAACGAUAUUCUACUGUCGGUAGAUGGAAAUGAGGAAGUUAUAGAAAGUGGGAAAGAGGGUCUUGAGAAUGCAUGGAAGAACGUUGGUGAGGUUAUGGAUACAUUAUUCGAGAAGUCGGACCAUGCGUUUUCAGCUAUUCGUAGGACGGACAACAAUAAUAAGACAAACUAUCAAUAUCUCGAUGAUGCGCCCUCAGUAGAUCAAAAUCAUAGAUCCAAAAGAAUUGAGAAGCCUCAAUUGAACUUCAAAAGGCCAGUAGAUAAUUCAGAGCUACAGCCCUUUAAACCUUUGCUUAAGUCAAAACCGCACUCUAUUAUAUCACUCAGCGAAGUUCUCAAAAUAUUACCUGCUGAAGAGAAUGUUCCAUCACAUUAUGCGCAACCCUACGAGCAUGAAAUUGAUAAUCAAAAGUAUAGCAAUUCGGUGCUUGAGGUGCGAGACCCAAUUUCCCCUCAACCGUGGGAGCAAACAGAAGCCACAUGGGUAGAUUCAGCAGAAGCUCUGAAUAAAAUGGUAAGCGAAUUAAGAUCUGCCAAUGAAAUUGCCGUUGAUUUAGAGCAUCAUGAUUAUCGCUCUUAUUAUGGUAUUACCUGCCUGAUGCAAAUAAGUACUCGCAAUCAAGAUUGGCUAGUUGAUACUAUUGCCCUGAGAGAUGACCUGGAAGUUUUGAACGAAAUUUUCACUGACCCCUUGAUCUUGAAAGUGUUUCAUGGUGCCUUCAUGGAUAUUAUUUGGCUUCAAAGAGACUUGGGUCUUUACGUCGUGAGUCUUUUUGACACUUAUCACGCUUCCAGACUUUUAGGAUUUCCGAAGCAUAGUCUUGCUUAUUUGCUGGAAACAAUUGCUCAUUUUAAAACUUCGAAGAAGUACCAAUUAGCAGAUUGGCGAAUUAGACCCCUAUCGAAACCUUUGAAAGCAUACGCGAGGUCUGACACUCAUUUUCUUUUGUACAUUUACGAUCAUUUGAGGAAUUCUCUGAUAAAACAAAACAAGCUGGCCCAAGCUCUUAAUGAUUCAAGGAAUGUGGCUAAGCGCCGCUUCGAAUAUAGCCGAUUCAAGCCGGUAAUAUCCUCUACUGCAGUCUAUUCUCCAAUUGAGAAAGAUGAGCCCUGGAGAAAUUUAAUGUAUCAAUACAACCUUCCUUCUGCUAAAGAACCACUUGUGAAAAGUAUAUAUGAGUGGAGGGAUUUCAUAGCGAGAAAAGAUGACGAAUCACCGAGAUAUGUGAUGCCAAAUCAAUUGUUAGUUUCUUUGGUUGCUACAGCUCCGACAACCCCUACUGAUGUUAUGUCGGUGAGUACCCUACUUACUGAUCAUGUUAGAUCAAAUUCAAAGACCAUUUCUAAUCUCAUCAAGGCAACAAUGGAAACAAUUCGAGAAGGGGCUAAACCAGGCCUUCCCUUGGAAUUUUCAAAGGACUCGGAUGCACAAAAUUUAACUGUUAGCCAAAUUCAAAGCAUGCUCGAAGAGUAUAAAAGGCUAGAGGGAAAGCUGAAAGCUAAAUUAGCGGCUACUUUUUCUUCAUCAGCAGAAUCUGUUCUGUUUCAUGGGAACUCUGACCUCGAUGAAAAGGUGGUCUCGUAUGAAGACGCGGUCAAAGUUGUUUCGGGCACUCAAGACUUGAUUAAACGUAGGGAUGCUCUCUUGAAUGCCAUCACUGAUUCUCGCAAACCCACAAUUAUCGAUAUUGAGGUUACUGCGGGGAAGCCUGACGACGGGCCAUCAGACUACAUCCCUCAACAAGAAGUUUCACGGGCAGAAGAGAAAUUGUCAACCCCCGAUCCAACCGACAUUAUAGUGCUUAAGGAACGUCGGCAACAUACCAAACCACAGAGAGGUUACUCAAAGGGUUCAGAAGAAUCUGAGAAUGUUUUGUAUCUCGACAAGCAGAAGAAAAUACUAAACGAGCGUGGUGGACAAACUCGCUUGCCAAAAAAGUCAAGAAAAUUCGAUCCCUAUUCUUCAGAUAACGUCGGACCACAGGUUGCCAAGAAGAGAAAGAAAGCACACGGAAAGCAAGGCUCGUUUAAGAAAUAA